GAGCAGAAUACUGUACAAAGCUAAGUGGAACGUUGUCCUUUAGGAAUGUGAGUUACCGUGCAGGGGAUGGUUGCUGUUUGGCUGUGUCCUCCAUGAUGAAGACCUGCUAAUAUAUUGUUUUAAGGUCUGCAAAGUUUGAUUUAAUGUGAACACCACAGAUUUUUUUUUUCCAGUUCUAGUUAGAAAACUGUAAUUAUCCCAACAUGCUAUGAAAGUGCUGUUCAUUCUGCCUAGUUGACGGUAAAAUAUGUCAAUAAAAAUAUUUUUUUGCACAUGACAAAUAAGAUAUUGCUAUAAAAUACAGAGUUCCAUUAUGAACUAUUGAUUUAUGGUACUUUAAUUCCACCCCGUCACCCACAUCUCUCAAAUGUCAGUAGUAAACGCUGAACACUAUGUAGCCACUGACCUGGAAGGCUUGCUUUGGUACAUUGUUAUACCUCAUCAAUACACCAACUAAUUAACAAUAUCAGAAAUCCAGCCUGUUGAUAAAUGUAUAAUGUAUUUUCAAAGACUAUUUGUAAAUUUACUCUGUGCAGAAGUAAAUCUUUUGCAUUUGUGCUGCUGCUGACAUAUUGUCUAUAGUUUCCAGGAGAAAGUGUGUCAGCCACACAGGAGGGGGGGGACCACACAAUUUCAGGAUGAGCGUGGGGCUGGGACAAGGGCAUAGGGUUGCUUGACAUUUCCCCAUAAAUCAUGGUACAUUUAGCUCUUCAGACAGUCCACCACUGGAAUCUCCUAGUUCCAAAAUGCAAUACAGAUCGGCAAGAGUGGGCAGGGGGGUGGCCACCCUCCCCCAUCAGCCUCGAACGACAUCGGUGUCCAGACGACAGGAGAGCUCCUCUUGCUCCUUCAGUGCAUCCUGUCCCAUGUUCUCUAAGUGGCAGGAAGACCCACCUCACCGCCCACCCUCUAGACUCUCAUCUCCCAGCUUCCAGAGCUCAAUGGUCAGCUUUCCGAGCUCCCUACCCAGCCACAGAAGUUCCAACCCCAGCUUGUGGACCUCUAGCCAAAGCCUACACAGGGGAAACUCCAGUGAAGACAGUAGCUGGGACACCAACAGCUGGAGCUCAGGGGCUACCUGCCUGCUGCGCGGCACUAUCAAGAAGCACAGUAAAGAGUUCCAUGCAUGCCUGAGCAACUCUAAACCCAACUGCUUGAAGGUGUCUGGCGAUGGUGGAGAGAGUGAUUGCAUGCCACCAAAACAUCAGGAGGAGGUUGAACAGAUGCAGGAGAGGAGUGACUCCUCACACAGCCUGUCCUCCAGCCAGGACACGUCUGUCGCAUCAGCACAGCUAGAGCAGAAGAUCAAAGCCAAACUCAAGUUCUCCCAGUUUCUGGAUGAAGUGACUUGCAGAGUGUUGGACCCAGGCAGUCUGGAGGCUUUUGGUGUGUUCCGGCAGAGGGAGUCAUCCAACUUCUGGGGUGGAACUCCUGUCAGCACUGAGUUAAAGUGGAACAACAUGGCCCAGUGGACCAACUGCCUUCCUGUCUGCAAGGUCCUGGACAACAACAAAUACACGAGAAAAGAGGAAGAACCUAGUUUUCAGGAGCCAGCUUCAAAACUGUACUUGGAAACUGACAUUGACAAUGCUGGGUGGGAGAGAAAAGUAGAAGCAAACAGUCCCUGGAACAAGAGGAAGGCAAGUCCCAUAAAGAGGGGGAAGGAGAUGGGAUUCUUUCCAGUCUCUAAUGAACUACCUCCGGAAACCUUUGAGAGGACGAAGCCCUUAAGUUACAUUUUCAGCUGGAGCAGUGGCUUCUCAGAGUGCACCAGCAAAUCAACAUCUCUGCCCAAGUCAAAGGGCAACAUGGCCUCCGAUGGUGAGGUGCAGAAUGUGAGCACCUUACAGGAGCAGAAGGAGGACUUGCGCAAGCGCUUGUCCUACACCACCCACAAGCUGGAGGUGCUGGAGACAGAGUUCCACUCCACCCGGCAGUACCUGGAGACGGAGCUUCGCCGUGCCCAGGAGGAGCUGGAGAAGUUCACUGACAAACUGCGCAGAAUUCAGAGCAGUUAUGCAGCACUGCAGAGAAUCAAUCAGGACCUGGAGGACAAAAUCCACCAGUCGUCUAAGCACCAUGAAGAGGAGAAGAGAGCCCUGAGUCGGGAGAUUAUCGUCCUCAACAAUCACCUUAUGGAGGCAAAGAUCACCAUCGAGAAACUCAGAGAAGACAAUGACCUGUACAGAAAGGACUGCAACCUGGCCGCCCAGCUCCUCCGCUGCUCCAAUUCCCACUACAGAGCCCACAAGCUGUCGGAGCUGCCAUCUGAAUUUCAGGAGCGGGUCAGCAUACACAUGGAGAAACACGGCUGUGGGGUGACCUUGGCUCUGCGUCACUCUCCUUACACAGACUCUGUGCCUACGGCGGUCAUUGCCAAGGUACUGGAGAAGCCAGAACCGGGCACCAGCUGCCCAGGCUCUCAAUCCCCAAGUCCUCAGCACCAGGGCCCAGACUUCCUGCCCAACAGCAUGGGCAGCAGCGAACGCCUUCAGCGCCGUCUGGCGUACAAGUCCUCAGACCUGUACUGCAGUGACACGGCCCUCUACUGCCCAGAAGAGCGCAGACGGGAGCGCCGGCAGAGUGUUGACCUUCAUGGGCAAGAGACUAGCCUCUUCCAAGCCCAAAACUCUACUGACAGCAACCCUGAGGAGGAAGCCUUCCACUCUGGGUUUUCGCACCACGAGGCGUCCUUUGCGGAGUUCGCCACUGGAUCGCUGCAGGCCUCCAGCUCCUACUCCAGUUUCAGCGCAGCGUCUGAUGAGAAGGGCCAUGCCCUCAGCAGCACGCUUUCCUCGUCGCAGCAGGCCCUCUACAUGGACUGGCGUGAUGGUGACUAUGAGCAUAAGAGCACCUCUUCCUACGAGAAGGAGAGCCCCGGGUUUCCCAAGUCGCACAGCUUCCAGCACAUGGCCCACGGCCCGCAGGACGACGGCUCGCCCGGCUAUGUCCGUACUGCAUCCGCAUGCUUCAGCGAGCCCUACCACUCGACCCGCCUGCCGACCUCACACAGCAUGGGAUCCUCUGCCCAGCUCUACCGAGACAGUCACGGCAGAAUCCAUGUCCAGAAUCCAGAGGAGGAGCUCAGCGGGCGAUGGAGGCAGCUGAGCGUAGAGGACCUAAAUGCGUACUCCUACCGCAACCCAGGCCGCAUCUCGCCAUACAGCUUCUCUGAGCAGCACUUUGUCAUGGGCCCCAGCAAGAUCAAACUGGGACCACUGUACAGCAGCUUUCAAGAGGGGGACGACGCCUACCACAGCCGUAUCUUGGGCCGUUGUUUUGUAGCCUCACCCAGUCCCAGCCCCAGCCCUGAGCACAUUCACGGCUCAAGGAAGCCAGACAAGCCGCCCAUGUAUCGGGCCAAGGACGACAGCCAAGAGUCAGAGCGCAGCCUCUUCCACUCAGGGAGCUCCAAAGACAAGGACAGCACAGCCGGGAGCAUGAAGAAGGAGUAUGUGGAUGUGAGUCCCAACAGUUCUGCAGAGUCCUUGCAUCGAAGUCCUCCAGAGCCUUCGGACCUGCAGCACUACCAGAUGGACCGGCAGAGCCCCAGCCUACAGCGGUCGGCAUCCCCACAGUACCAAAAAUUUGCAAGCACAGGACUCUGCAGGAAGGACAGUCUCACCAAGGCACAGCUUUAUGGUACGCUACUGAACUGACGAGCAGAGGUCGAUGGCAUAAGCUGGCACUUGGUCACCCUUUAAUCCAGGAGCUGCUAGGACAAGACAUGGUUCUGUGGGCCAGUACAGGUAGUGUCCAGACAUGCAACACAGGCAGGUUUUUAAGAUUUAUGGCAUGAUAUGUAUUUAUUUUUGAAAGUACAUUGGUUCGGAUGCACAGAGUGAUUCAGAGACUUGGCAGAUAUUUUUAAUAUUAUUCAUUAGUGAUAUGUAAAUAUAUGAAGCAGAUAACACAUGGUACACUUAAGGUUUAAUGCCAGAGUGGGUUUUUGUUGGCAAAACUACUGUGAGUAGCUGUCAGUCUCUCACUUUGGUCAUUCAGAUUUAACACAUUUUGUCCUUUUAUUAAGUGAAGUAAUUGUAUAAAGCAAUAACAGUUACAAUGACAUUAGCCAAACUAGACAGGACAAUAGGAAAGGACACAGCUGGCAAACACAAGAUACAAGGCAGCUUUGAAAAUGACUGUUAAUUUAUUAGUAUGUGUGCAUGACUUAUAUGUUGAAAUGUAUGGUAGGGAUGUGCUUACUGUUUCCCAAUGCCCCUCAAAUGACCAGACAGGGUCCUGGAUGGAGGGGCCCGCCACACUGUUCGGUACGUGUAUGUAAGCUCCCAUCUGAGCAGCCCGCUUAUGGGAACUCGAAAGAUGCCUUGAUAAAUCAUUCAUAGAAGUGGGGCGACGCGGCAGCUGAUGCUGCUGUAACCAGCCUUACCCGAAUUCCGUCAAACAUGGGCAGCUCCUUCGUGCUGCAUCACCUGGCUGGAGGGGAACGCCACAUUGGCCUGGUGUAUUAAUUAGUAGGGGAUUAGCUAGUUAAGGGGCUUUAUCUUGGCUUAGUUGACUCACUUCACAAACUCCCUGGUACAUUUUGCCUUAAUUUUCAUUAGUUGGAGUAGCCAGUAUUGCUCCAGCUGACAGUGGUGUAAGUAUAUGAUUACAGUCUUGGUUAGAAGUGUGUUUUUAGACUGGCCAGGGUCCUCAUAUUCUGUGAGGCACAUUUAUGGCAGCAGGGGGUGGUGGAGGUACAUGGGCCAUGGUAAUCCUACCAAAAUUAGGUACUUGCUCUGACAGUUCCUUUCACUGUGUUGUUUACUCCUGCAAUGCCUUUUCCAUGACACCUAGAUCGCCCUUACAGUUCUCCAGACAGGGCCACGUUUCUAAUGUCCUGAUCUCAUACUGCUGCCUUGCGGGUGACUGGACUGGUCAGCUGCUAAUGCGACCGACGUCAUCAGCAGGAGAGUGGACAGCACCAGAUUUCUGUAGCUCCUCAAGGGGUCUGUUCUGUCCAGGUAGAAAAAAAAAUACCGUCAACAACCAAGGAAAGCCUGAAACAGGAGAGGUAACAUGUUUGUCAAAUUUGUGUUGUAGAUAUUAAAUAAUCAGCUCAAUUUUAAUUCUCUUGCUACGAUGUUCUUUAAUUUAACCUUAAUUAUAUUCUGUCCUUUUCUACCUCAGAAUCCAUUCAGAAUUUUCCAUGGGACUAGAGGUCAGCCGUUUGUACUACCGUUGCAAUGCAUGUUUCUAUAGGUCAGUUGUAUAUUUAAUUGAUAAAGAACAAUGACAGACACUCUAGAGCUUAAAUACACUUAAGGCUUUAGUGACUUUAGUUUGUCAUUACAGCAUUUGAGCAGAUAGUUGACAUGCUUAGAAGUUAAAUGUUAAGUAAAAUCUGUAAUACCGGAGUUGCAGUGGUGUCAAAAGUAUCUUUCUGUUAUGUUCCCUGUAUCUGUAAAUAUAGUAUGGAGUACAGCUGAACUUGGGGGUGGGGGCAUGUUACAUUUCUUGAAAUAACACCAGACAUCCUCCCAUAUGACUCUGGUGCCACAUCAACCUUGAAGCCUCCUCCGUUUUUCACAUGCAGUCUAAGUGAUGAAGGAGGGAAUUACUUCCAGAUUUACUACAUUCAAGCUUCCUUAUCAUACAAGGACAGAAAGCAGAAUGUUCUCUCUGGUCUUUGCAUUCCAGCCAUUUCCUUGUCUUACUUGUCAGCAGGCUCUUUUGGCUGCUCAGCAUGUAACUGAAGUUGACGAUUCUAUGGUGAGUCAAGCCUAAAAAAACAAACAAACAGGAGAGCCAGUUGAUUCGUUCCACAAUUAGGUCAGUGUCUGCAUAUGGCAGAUAUGCCUGCAUAUUCAUUAUUUUUGAUAAACUUACAAAGGCAUCACAAUUUACCCUUUGAAAUGUUAAUUAACAAAGCUUGCUUUGAUCUUAUUCAAUGUAACGUGCCUUGACUACUUUUAUAUGUUAGAGCACUGGGCUAAGACAAUUUUCGAAAAAGUCCUUUGAAAGUUACCUUUUAACAUAGUUCUGUUUGUCAUGCUCCAUAUACUGUAAAGUGUCUUUCACGUGUUAAGGGAAUGCACAACUAUUCAAUCUUUGCCAAAAUGUACAACUCCUGAUGCACAUUGGUUAGACUUCUGAAUACAGAAGUUGCUGGCUGCAUGUAUAGGUUUUUUUGAAAGCUAUUGCAUUGCUGAAAAUUUGACUUUAAUUAAUGUAACUUUUUUUAAAUUUAAUAUAUUAGUAACUUGGUAAAUACAGUUAUUCUUGCCUUUUUUUUCCUGGUAUCAUACAAUGAUCCAAUUAAGGAUAUUGCUCAAACUUCUUUUCAUUUUCCCAUUUGGUUAUUUCCUCUCCAAAAAACAUUUUGCGUCAAUUGUAUUGCAUACAAUGGACAAUCACUAUUAGCGCUAAAUAUAAGCUACAGCUGACUAACCUGAACAACUCUGUGGGUAGGAGGUUUGCCCCAGGAAUCUAUGGCUUCUUAGCCUAACGCAGCUACUGACACGGGAGCCAUGUUCUCUCUCACUUACUGGGAGGGCCAUAUUCCCCAGAAUGUCGGCAGCCGGCCCCAUGGAAGGAAUGGUGAGGCUGGCUGGCUGGCUUUCAGAUACCCAGCGUGGUGGUGUCAUCCAAUGGUGCAGGUCCCAUUUUCAGGAGGUGAAGAGCCUUCGCUCUCUGCAGAGGCAUCUCGUGUGCUGCCAAGCACCUGGAUAGCCCUACUGAUCGGAGCAGAUGAAAGGGAGAGGGCUCUGCUGUUCCACUAGAGCCUGCCGUGCCCAUCUGGAUAAACCAGCAGGUGGGUGGGUGGGGGGGGCUCAGGGCAGACAGGCAGCUCUCCAGCCGAAAGCAGAACCUCUGGGUCAAAAUGAAGAUGGACACAAGCAGGGGAAUUGACUUACAGCUCCAGGAUUUCAAACUUCAAGUGUUGUUCAGGAGAUUUGACAGUGCAAGGCCGUGCUGAACAGUCGGAGUUGCCAGGGGUGGAGCGUGUGAAGCAAAGCUGGUUUCUGAAACGUGCUUUGAGAUAAAGCAUAGUAAUUGUGGAAGAAGGUACCUGGUUCUGCGGGCCAGCAGAUCUUGUGUAUCCCCUCCCAGCCCCGCCCCCACCACGCAUGUCAGUGCCAGAUACAGAGCUCCCCGCCCCAGUCACAGGAGGCUAUGACAGCGGGCAGGACAGGGUGCAUGGUGGCACACACACAGGCCUGCUGAUGUGCAUGUAGGAGCCGUAGCUGCCGGGAGCUCUGCUGGUCGUAGAAGUGGAGUGACCCACUGGAGCUGCCCGACAGCAGCACCGUCCCAUCAGCUGAGAAUUCACACCCCACGGCAUAGCCCUCCACCUAGGAUAGGGAGAAAUUAGCUGCAGGACACUGGACAAUGACAAUAACAGCGUCUACUGUACAAGUUCAAUGUAAUCAAGUAAGAAAUUUAUAUUUAAAUAAACUUCAUAAUACUGUAUGUUUUGUACAGAAGGUCGGUAUUUAAGAGAAAUCAGAGGGUUUUGGGGUUUAAAAUUUCUUUCCAGGUUGCAUUAUCCAGUAUAUGCAUAAGGCACAGCAGUCAGAAAUAAUUUAAAGCACCCCUUAAUGCCAGCUUUAAUUGAUAUGGGCCACUGUUGCAAAAGAGCUUUUUCAAAUUUCACAUUUAACGAGCAGGUGUUCUAACAAACGGUCCGGCAUGGCCCUGAACCAGACCCACCCUGUGUCCUUCGUAGCGCUUCCUCUUGUUCAUUCUGUAUGGCCUCCGUGUAGAAAACAGUGCCAUGUAGUUGCCGUUGGUCUGUGCUACAAACUCAUCUCCCUGGGGGUGAAGAGCCAUACUGGGGCAGGUGUAGCGCUCCUACAAGCAUUAUGGGACAACAGAAGGAAAAGUGUUUCCCCCAUAAACUGCCGUAAGACAAGGACAACACCCAUUUCCUGUUAAUGUCAUUGACCCACACUGUACUUCACAGUCAAAUAUGUUUAGUUUAGUGAGAACAUAAUGACAAUGAAGGGUGAUGGGCUUUAGCUCUAUGACAAACAGCAUAUGAAACCGUGCCACCUGCUUACAUGGAAGAUCUGAUUGGAGACCUUGGCGGUGGUCUGGAAAUCCCACGCGAUGAGAGUGCGAUCGGCUGAGUCCCGGCUGACAGAGUCGCUGCUUGUCACAAACUCUUUUCCCCCUGGCAGGAACAAGAUGGCCAGAGUCUGCUGGAUCCCAGCCUGGUAGCUUCUAACCACCUGGAGUGACAGAACACGCUGAUGCUCAGUCUCUCUCAAUCCCUCCUUUUUACACUUUUGCCUAGCAACAUGACUUCCUGCUAGAGUAAAUUAAAUCCGUAUUCAAAUGGUCAAAAGCAGGACAUUUUUAAUAAUUAAGCAUCUGACUAAACUAUUUUGUUUCUUUCUUGGUACUUAUGUUCUGCUUCAGAUCAAAAUUUUAAGGUCAAAAGUUAUUGACGGAGGAUUCAAGGGUUUUAUUUGUCAAAUGCAAGGGGGUCACCCGUCCAUCCAUCCAUUUUCCAAACCGCUUAUCCUUCUGGGUCGCAGGGGGUCCGGAGCCUAUCCUGGAAGCAAUGGGCACGAGGCAUGGAGCAACCCAGGACAGGGGGCCAGCCCAUCACAGGGCACACUCACACACCAUUCACUCACACAUGCACACCUAUGGGCAAAUUAGCAAGUCCAAUUAGCCUCAGCAUGUUUUUGGAACCGGAGUGGGAAACCGGAGUACCUGGAGGAAACCCCACGACGACAUGGGGAGAACAUGCAAACUCCACACACAUGCGACCCAGGCGGAGACUCGAACCUGGGUCCCAGAGGUGUGAGGCAACAGUGCUAACCACUGCACCACCAUGUAGCCCCUGCAAGGUGGUCACCUCCACUAUAAUCACUUCAAGGUCAGAAGAGUGGUGAUUCCCAGUGGCUGCUGUUAGGCAUAACUAAACCUCCAUGCCCCCUAGCAGUAGAACAGAGGUACUCCAAGUCAAAUAAUAACCAGAAACAGAAACAUGAUGGCAGAUGGAGCCAAGAUGGGGACUGACCUUGCAGGUCCUGAUGUCCCAAGCCUUGACUUCUGGGCUGAAGCCUCCACACAGAAAAAUAUUGGGGUCGCUGGGCUGCACAGUCAAACAGGUCACUUUAAACUGGUUCCCCACUUUAACCACCACCUGGCCUGGGGACACACAGUUGGCACAUUUACAGAUAAUGGGAAACACAAUCUAUCACAUGGGUAAUUAGCGACUCCCCACGUGGCUAUAUAUCAUGGGGACAGGAAUUCAUCACACACUAUGUGAACAGAAGAAUAAUGUGCACCGCACCAAGAUUUAAUUAAUAAAAAAAAAACACUAUUUUGACAUAUGCUUUCCAUUUAAGUGCUGACCUGCCAGAAAAAUAACAGCUGCAAAACCAGGGAGACAGCAUUGCGGUUUAUUGCUCACAAAAGGAAGUGAAUCCUGCUACCAAAGAAGGCUUCAUAUGUGAGUUUCUCACUGCUGACAAUUUCCCAACUGGCUUAAAAACUUGACAAGCAUCUCAGAGUAAUUAACAAGCAACUUUUCAUGCUUUCAUAUACAAAGAAACACUUUUGAAACUGAAAACUGAAGUUCAGCAUUAACCCAUCCAGGUACGAUGCGGGGAUACACCCUGAAUGGGUGCAUAUCUGACAAACCGCACUCAAGGCUAUCAUUGUAGUCUUCAAUCAUCCAAUGAUGAAUAAAGGUAUUUACUGAAACUUG